GCUAAGGGUUCCCAGUCUAGGUAGUAGAGAGGUUGGGGUGUGGGAGGGGUUGGGGUAGGCGAGGCAGCGGAGGCGGGAGGCGGGAGGCGGGAGGCGGGAACCGGCUGCCGGUGCGUUCCGCGCCGCGCCCGCUCCUGCCGGGGUAGAGUCCGGGCCGGGUUUUGCGCGGUGUCCCCGGGCCUGUCUCACGGCCUCCAGCCGCCGCCGCCGCUGCUGCCGUGUUUACUGAGCUCGCGCGUCCUGAUAUCACUCCGCUGGCAUGGAGGAGGAGGAGGAGGUGGAGGAGCGAGAGGAGGAGGAGGAGGCGGCGGCGGCGGCGAGCAGUUGAUCAUUGUGAUGGUGGCAGGAGCAGCGGCGGCAGCGGCAGCGGCAGCCCAGCCGAGCGUUAGGGGCUGCUCUCCGCGCGGCGUUUUGCAAAGGACUUCACCGAUCUACUUUUGCAGUUGCCUCGGACUGUCCAUGUGUUUACUUCCCCCAGCCCGAGGAUUCGAUAUCUAGGUUCCUGUGAAAUGCAACUGAGCAGCCAAAGUACUUUGAGAACACGGGGCGGCAUAAACACCAAAACUUUUUUGUGGAAGGAAAAUGCAAUAAGCAAGCUUGCCGUUUUCCGAUUCGGUGUGGAGUGAGUGUGUGUGGCGCGUGUCCGCACUGGAGGCAUAUGCUUGUAUGUGUACAUGGGGUGUGUUUUUCGGUACGUAGGGAGAAAAUGCUUGCCAACCACCGGAAAUCUCCUGGAAUUUAUUAGAAAAUAAUGGAUUAUAAAAAGAAGGCAGGCGAGGAGAGGAUCGCCCCUUGAGUUGCAACCGAUUUGCUGCUGGCUCAGUUUGUUGUGAUUCUUUUUGUUGAUAGGUGUCUGAUGGUAUUCCGAUAACCCCCUUUUUCUCCCCUUGAGCUUUUACAGUUUAAAAAAAAGGAAACAAAACCACCCCCAAGUCUCUCCCCCUUUUUUUCGCCCCGUCGGGAUCGCCGUUUCUAUCCAUGUGCUUGCGUCUCCCCCGCGUUCCACUUAAACUAUUUUAAUCCUUGGACCCAAGGAGGAGGCUGAUAGGGGGGGGUGGAUAAAAAAAGUUCUUCCAAAAUAGUGUGCCCGGGGAGCAGGAUGGGGGAUUUCGCAGCCCCCGCUGCUGCCGCAAAUGGCAGUAGUAUUUGCAUCAACAGUAGCCUGAACAGCAGCCUCGGCGGGGCCGGGAUCGGUGUGAAUAAUACUCCCAAUAGUACUCCCGCUGCUCCGAGUAGCAAUCACCCCGCUGCCGGUGGCUGCGGCGGCGGCUCCGGGGGCCCCGGCGGCGGAUCGGCGGCCGUCCCCAAACACAGCACGGUGGUCGAGCGGCUCCGCCAGCGCAUCGAGGGCUGCCGGCGGCACCACGUCAACUGCGAGAACAGGUACCAGCAGGCUCAGGUGGAGCAGCUGGAGCUGGAGCGUCGGGACACCGUGAGCCUGUACCAGCGUACCCUGGAGCAGAGAGCCAAGAAAUCGGGCGCCGGCACCGGCAAGCAGCAGCACCCGAGCAAACCCCAGCAAGAUGCGGAGUCUGCCUCGGUGGAGCAGAGGAACCACACGCUGAUCAUGCUCCAAGAGACUGUGAAAAGGAAGUUGGAAGGAGCCCGAUCACCACUUAAUGGAGACCAGCAGAAUGGUACCUGCGAUGGGAAUUUUUCUCCAACUAGCAAGCGAAUUCGAAAGGACAUUUCCACAGGGAUGGAAGCCAUCAACAAUUUGCCCAACAGCAUGCCACUGCCUUCAGCUUCUCCACUUCACCAACUUGACCUGAAGCCUUCUUUGUCCUUGCAGAAUAGUGGAACACACCCUCCUGGGCUUCUAGAAGAUCUGAGUAAGAACGGUAGGCUCCCCGAGAUUAAACUUCCUGUCAAUGGUUGCAGUGACCUGGAGGACAGCUUCACCAUCUUGCAGAGCAAAGACCUCAAGCAAGAACCUUUGGAUGACCCCACUUGCAUAGACACAUCAGAAACAUCUCUUUCAAAUCAGAACAAGCUGUUCUCAGACAUUAAUCUGAAUGAUCAGGAGUGGCAGGAACUAAUAGAUGAAUUGGCCAACACGGUUCCGGAAGAUGACAUACAGGACCUGUUCAAUGAAGACUUUGAGGAGAAGAAGGACCCAGAAUUCUCGCAGCCAGCAACUGAGACCCCUCUGUCCCAGGAGAGCGGAAGUGUGAAGAGCGACCCCUCCCACUCUCCCUUCACACAUGUCUCCCUGGGCUCUCCCCAGGCGAGGCCUUCUUCUUCUGGUCCUCCUUUUUCUGCUGUCUCCACGGCCACUAGUUUACCUUCUAUCGCCAGCACUCCUGCAGCUCCAAACCCUGCCAGCUCACCAGCAAACUGUGCUGUCCAGUCCCCUCAGACUCCAAACCAAGCCCACAUGCCAGGCCAAGCUCCACCUCGGCCUGGAAAUGGUUAUCUCCUCAAUCCAGCAGCGGUGACGGUGGCUGGCUCAGGGGCAGGCCCGGUGGCUGUUCCCAGCUCUGACAUGUCCCCAGCAGAGCAGCUCAAGCAGAUGGCUGCACAGCAACAACAGAGGGCCAAACUCAUGCAACAGAAGCAGCAGCAGCAGCAACACUCAAACCAGACGUCCAGUUGGUCUCCCUUAGGGCCUCCAUCGAGUCCUUAUGGAGCAGCGUUUACUGCAGAAAAACCAAAUAGCCCGAUGAUGUACCCCCAAGCCUUUAACAACCAAAACCCUAUAGUGCCUCCAAUGGCAAACAACCUGCAGAAGACAGCAAUGAAUAACUACCUCCCCCAGAAUCACAUGAACAUGAUCAAUCAGCAGCCAAAUAACUUGGGUACAAACUCCUUAAACAAACAGCACAAUAUUCUUACUUAUGGCAACACUAAACCCCUGACCCAUUUCAAUGCAGACCUGAGUCAGAGAAUGACGCCCCCCAUGGCGAACCCCAGCAAACCCCCCCUGAUGCCGUACAUCCAGCCGCAGCCGCAGCAGCCCCAGCAGCAGCCCCCGCCGCCACCGCAGCUGCAGGCUCCCAGGGCGCACCUGAGUGAGGACCAGAAACGCAUGCUUCUUAUGAAGCAGAAAGCCGUGAUGAAUCAGCCCAUGGCCUACGCUGCACUGCCGUCCCACGGGCAGGAGCAGCACCCGGUUGGGCUUCCCCGAACCACAGGCCCCAUGCAGCCCUCUGUGCCACCAGGCUCAGGCAGCAUGGUCUCUGGAACCAGUCCCUCUGGUCCCAGCUACCUGGGCAACCAGCCCCAGGCAGCCAUCAUGAAACAGAUGCUCAUUGAUCAGCGGGCCCAGCUGAUGGAGCAGCAGAAGCAACAGUUCCUACGGGAGCAAAGGCAGCAGCAACAGCAGCAGCAGCAGCAGAUUCUGGCCGAGCAGCAGCUGCAGCAAUCACAUUUACCCCGGCAGCACCUCCAGCAACAGCGGAAUCCUUACCCAGUGCAGCAGGUCAAUCAGUUUCAAGGCUCUCCCCAGGAUAUAGCAGCUGUGAGGAGCCAAGCAGCCCUCCAGAGCAUGCGAACAUCACGGUUGAUGGCACAGAACACAAGCAUAAUGGGAAUGGGACCCUCUCAGAACCCAGGGACAAUGGCCACAGCAGCAGCCCAGUCGGAGAUGGGACUGGCCCCUUAUAACAACACACCUACCAGCCAGCCAGGAAUGUACAAUAUGAGCACAGGAAUAACCCAAAUGUUGCAGCACCCAAACCAAAGUGGCAUGAGCAUCACACACAACCAAGCCCAGGGACCGAGGCAGCCUGCCUCUGGGCAAGGGGUCGGAAUGGUGAGUGGUUUUGGUCAGAGCAUGCUGGUGAACUCAGCCAUCACCCAGCAGCACCAGCAGAUGAAAGGGCCAGUUGGCCAGGCCUUGCCUAGGCCCCAAGCCCCUCCAAGGCUUCAGAACAUUAUGGGAACUGUCCAGCAAGGGGCACAAAGCUGGCAACAGAGGAGCUUACAGGGGAUGCCUGGGAGGACUAGUGGAGAAUUAGGACCAUUCAACAACGGCGCCAGCUACCCACUGCAAGCUGGCCAGCCGAGACUGACCAAGCAGCACUUCCCACAGGGACUGAGCCAGUCGGUCGUGGACGCUAACACAGGCACAGUGAGAACGCUCAACCCAGCUGCCAUGGGUCGGCAGAUGAUGCCAGCCCUCCCGGGGCAGCAAGGCACCAGCCAGGUGAGGCCAAUGGUCCUGUCUGGCCUGAGCCAGGGUGUCCCUGGCAUGCCAGCAUUCAGCCAGCCCCCAGCACAGCCACAGAUGCCCAGUGGCAGCUUUGCUCCCAGCAACCAGAGCCAGGGCUAUGAGCGGAACACGCCUCAGGACAUGUCAUACAAUUACAGUGGCGAGGGAGCUGGGGCUUCCUUCCCCGGCCUCCCGGACAGUGCAGACCUUGUGGACUCCAUCAUCAAAGGCGGGCCGGGGGAUGAGUGGAUGCAGGAGCUUGAUGAAUUGUUUGGUAACCCCUAGUCAAGAGGGCCCCCAGGAGCCACAACUCGACUGGUUAAAGCUUAAAAAGUGAAAAAGAAACAGGAUGUUGGCUCAUCCUUGUUUUUUUGUUUUUUUGACCCACGUAAACUGAGCAAAACUGCAACUGGCUGACAUUGGAAGAUCCAGGUGUCAAUCCACAGUCCCACCGGGCCUCAUGUCACCUGAUUUUCAUACAGCAACCAAGAUGAGAUGCUAUGCAGAUCCCUGCUGCCAGAGGGAGACACAGAAGGAGCCCGUGGGGGAAGACAAGCCAGCCAGAGGCCCUGCUCAGUGCUCCCUGUGCUGGCCUGGACCGGCCAGCACUGCUCCAGCCAAGAGGGCCUGUGCCUGAGUGAGGUAUCCGGAAGCCCCUCCUGCCCCAGGUCUGGAGACUGCAGCUUUGGAGACACAAAAGAAGCAGAGCCUUGGCCAGGGAGAGCCCCGCAGAGGCUGCUGGGAGGCGGUGCAGGCCAAGUGCACAGGUCAGAAUGCCCUGAACCCUGGGUGGAAAGAAGUAGAAGGCUUCAAGACAUGCUACUGUAUUUGGAGGUUAGGCACAAAGAACGGCAAGAUGGUAACAGGGACAUGACGAAGGGUCCCGCUGGCCCAUCCGUCCCUGCCAUGUGGUGACCCCUGGGAAUUGCAGAGGUGUUGCUGCUGUUGCCUCACAAGAAUAGUCAACUGAGUCUGGAGAAGGGGCAGUCCAGGGGGUCACCGCCUUCUGCUGAGGACCGUGGUGGCGAUCACCUCAGGUUGGGCUGGAGCCUCCUGGGAGCCUGGUGCAAUAUUGACACUUGCAGGUAGUUCACAUCUGCGUCGGGGGCCACAGGGUGCAGAGACCCCAGCUGGCUUCCGAGCGUCUGCCAACCUGGCCUCCCUUGUCCCUCCCCUGCCCAACAUGAUUCCCCUUGUCCUCCACCCCAGCCCGCCCUUGCUUCUCCUCACAGACUAUCCAAGAAGAGACACUUGGGUCUUUAGGGAGCCUAGGCAGAAUCUAAAUAAAUGCAAGACGAACUUAGAGAAUGCCUGAAAUGCAAAGGCAACACUGGCGUUUUUUUUCUCUACAUGUGUGAAGCUGAAGGAAUAUCUCUGCCUAGAACUGAGAGGGAGGCUCUGAUGUGUGGGUGUCAGUUCAUGGGAGCUGCAUCUGAGGCUCGCAGUAUCCCCAAGAAUGAAUGGCCUGGAGGUCACUGGUUCUGGCUCCCUCCAGGAAAAUCCCCAGGGCGAUGCUGUAAAAUCAGCCUUACCCAUCAUUCCCACUCAUUGGAAAAACAAGCGUUUAUAAAACCCCUGAGAGAUGGAAGAACUUAAAAAUCAAUUGUUCCACCUUACAAAUUUGGGUGAUCAAAGGGGCAAAGAUGUGGUUCCUGGUUCCUUUCAUGUGGGCAAAGUGAUCCACUUCAAAAGUUCUGUACAGUUAUUCUCUUUGUAAUUCACUCACAUCUGCCCCAGGUGAAAUCUGUCAGAAGGAAACUGACAGUGUCCUCUGUGGCCAGGCUAGUCUCUGUGGACUUUGCCUCCCCUCACGCUGCCACCUCUUGGAGGCCAUGGGCCUAAGUGUUGUCCUAGGUGAGUAAGAGUGGCCUGUACUUUUCCCCUGUCCCCUCCUCCCUCUGGAUUCUGAACAAUGGCUUCCUUCUGUGCACUGCCAAGUGCUCACUGCAGAAGUACUGGAGCCCAUGAGGGCUGGACAGGUGGACUAGGGAAGUCUGAGAAUGCAAGUUCCAAUGGAAAGCUGGGGCCAAGGGCCUUGGGGAGGAGAGAGAUGGGCAAACAAUGCCCUUGACUUGCUUUCCACAAACCCAGGGAUUCAAAGGGCAGGAUGUGAGGCCAUGGGUGCCAGGUCAGUGAGACCUAGGCAGGAGCUGUGAGACUCCCUGAACAGGGAAGGACACCACCAGGGUAACUCUGAGGGGAAACAGAUGAAAACAAACAAACAAAAAAGGAAACAGGCAAGAAGACACAGAAUACACAAUUACCUUUUCCUGAAAGGUAUAGGAAAUAAAUCCUGUAGAAGCAAUGGUGAGAAAUGGAGGUGGCUGAUGGAGAGGGAGUGGGCUCCAUUAUCUUUUUAAAGCCUCCUCCAAACACUCAGACUGGGACCAACUAAUAGAGAGGUAGAUUUUAAUCAAGUUGUUUUGUUUUUGUUUUGUUUUUACGACGGUGCUGAUGUAUAUGUAAUGUCUAAAAAAAAGUUAUUUGUACAUAAGUUUUUACAAUACUGCAGAUAUCACUGGGUCUACUAUCUGUAAAAAUAUAUAUACAUAUAAAUAUAUAUAUACUGUUUGUUUAAAAUAGAGUAUUUUUAUUUCAUUCCCUAACUCAUCGUCACAGCAGUGGUAUUGCACUUCAGAUGACAUCUACUUACUAAUUUGUACCGUAUGACCUAUGGCAACUUGCUCCAUCUUAAUUCAGAUUUUUCUAGUUUUCUGUUUUUACUUUGUACAUUGAGCAUUGCUUAUUUCCUUUUAAGAAAUGUACAGAACUCUGAAAUGUAGAAAUGAAGUGAUGUUGACAUACCACUUUUAAAGAAAAAAGUAACAAAAAUAAAAGAUCAUUAUCUGAAUCAA